CCGUUGACCAAAUUUGGUUCACAUUUUCUUGUCACUCUUGGGAUCGCACUGGCCGAUCCAACUUAUCAUGAUGAGCUGCACAUGUCGAGCCACGCCCCUGAAAAUAUUCGUACAAGGCCUAUCUCAAGUUCACAAAGUCGACGCAUCACCUUCUCUUCUCCGUCUGCCGAUUCGCACUCGACCAGCGUUGUACCAGAAUAAUUUUGCCUUGGCGCGACAGGCCCGAUCUUUGCAUUUUUCAAAAGCUCUGCAAGAUGCUUCCGGAGAAGCCGCAAGAGAUGAUGACCCUUUCUCUCACAUUCGGUCGGAAGAUGAAAACCGGGCUGUGAAAAACGACGACACUUUCGCCACAGAUGAAAGUCCAGAGUCAAUACCAUGGAAAGCACAACCAGGCACCAAUAACGAGGCUCAAAAGCCUCGGAGGAGGAGGAGAGAAGAGCCAGAAGAUUUUACGACCUUAAAUUACCGCCGAAACCAGAGCGUGAGACAGCAACUAGAAGACGAUAACGAGGCGAACGAGUACAACGGCAAUCCCAAUCGACGAAUGAAGGGUCCUUCUUCGUUACAACCACAACCAAAAGAGAGUUACUGGAAAAUCCAAAAAGCGGCUCUGAAGGAGAAAUUUCCAGAAGGCUGGCGUCCUCGAAAGCGUCUUUCUCCCGAUGCUCUGGCUGGUAUCCGGGCUCUCAACGCCCAGUUUCCCGAUGUCUACACCACCGAAGCCCUGUCGAACAAAUUCGAAGUAUCACCCGAGGCUAUCCGUCGUAUUCUGAGGAGCAAGUGGCAGGCUAAUCCUGAGGAGGAGGAGAAGCGGAAUGCGCGAUGGCUGCGCCGUGGAAAGGAUGUCUGGGAGCAGAAGGCUGCGCUGGGUAUUAAGCCGCCGCAGAAGUGGCGACGUGAGGGUAUCACACGAGAUCCUAGCUACCAUGAUUGGAAGAAAGAGGCGGUUGAGCGAAACCGUGUGAGAGAGGAGCGGGACGACAUGGAGAUUAGGGGUGAUUAUACCCCUCGUCCACGUACUUAUACUGCUCGGUCUCGCAUUCCUCGAACUGGCGAGUAUACUCCACGGUCAGUUUCUCGAACUGGACGAGGAAGAUCUUAAAAAAUGGCGAAUGCACGAUGUCAUGAUGAGGGCUUUGCAUAUAGACCGGCGCUGGUGCAUUGUACUAUAGUUGUAAACUUACUCUACUAUUGAAAUGAAUUAUGCAUGUUGGAAGUGCAUAUCAUGACGCAGCCUUGCAGGGUAUUGGGUAGAAGAAAUUCAGGUGCAUAAACAAUCAGUAUAAAUCUGAUCAUAUAAACAACGUAUCAG